AUGUACACCAAAUCAAUCCUUAUUGGCCUGCUGGGUGCCUCUAUGGCCCAUGCCCACAUGAUCAUGACGAAGCCUGUUCCUUACGGCAAAGACACGCUCAACAAUUCCCCUCUGGCUGCUGAUGGCAGCGAUUUCCCGUGUAAGCUACGCUCAGACACAUACCAGGUCACCGAGGAAAACGAAAUGGUUAUCGGAGAAUCUCAACCCUUGACAUUCGAGGGCAGUGCUACUCACGGUGGUGGAUCAUGUCAGAUCAGUCUUACCACCGAUCUGACGCCUUCGAAGACUACCGAAUGGCAGGUUAUUAAGUCAUUUCAGGGUGGCUGCCCAGCCAAUGUUGAGGGUAACCUCUCUGGUGGUUCCACCAUGGUCGACCCGUACACAUUCAAUUUCACCAUCCCUGACGGCAUUUCUGCCGGCAAGUACACUCUCGCCUGGACCUGGUUCAACCGCGUCGGCAACCGUGAGAUGUACAUGAACUGUGCCCCAGUGACCGUGAAGACUAGCAGUUCCUCGAAGAGAUCUGAGAACGCCGCUGUCAAGGAUAUUGAAUCUGUCGAUAAGGUCGAGAAGCGCUCUUCUAGCUUCCCGCCCAUGUUUGUUGCCAAUAUCAAUGGCUGCACUACUUCUGAGAGUGUUGACAUUCGCUUCCCUCAGCCUGGUGAUAACAUUGAAUAUCUUGGCGAGCCAUCCAAUCUGGCCCAGGCGGGUGCAGCAGCUUGCACUGGUACUCCAACUUUUGCUACUGCUGGUGACUCCGCUACUGGUACCAACUCUGAAUCCAGCUCUAGCUCUAGCUCUAGCUCUAGCUCAUCCGGUUCUGGUUCUGGUUCUGGUUCGGGCUCGGCUUCAGGCUCGGGAACAACUUCUGCGCCAUCAUACAGCGCCCCGACCUCAAGCGAGGCCCCUGAACCCGCUCAGCCUUCUAGCUCCUCCACGGCUCAACAGUAUGCACCAACGCCCACUGCCUCGGCUGCCUCUCCCGCAAGCCCUUCCUCAUCCUCAACCAGCUCCAGCUCUGGUACCCUCAGCGGCUCAUGCAGCACAGAGGGUGAGUGGAAUUGUAUCGCCGGCACGUCAUUCCAGCGUUGCGCCAGUGGCACCUGGUCUGUCGCUCAGCAAAUGGCAUCUGGCACCAAAUGCACCUCAGGUACGAGCUCAGAGUUGUCUGUCGUCGCUAGUCGACGAGCUCGUGCCAUCUCUGAGUUGCGCUUCCGCAAACGAAAUAUCGGUGAAUCUCACCACGCUUAG